CACAACAGCAGGUCGCGACGUCCCUGUCAAGUCCAGGAGGAACCGGGAUCUGCCAACGGGAGCCGGGAGGAGCGACGCCCAGCGCUGCAUUCAGGAGACAUUACUAAAUAAUUCAAGUCCAGUUUGCUUUUACUUUGUCCUCCGGAAGGCGACAAGUGGCACUCCGGGACACAGAGGAGAGGAUUUGUGGAGAGUAUUAAACGACCGAGGCUUUCACUUUCCCAAGUUGGUCUCCUCCGCUCACCUUAACAUGGCUUCAACGACCUGCACCAGGUUCACUGAUGAGUACCAGCUGUACGAGGAGCUGGGAAAGGGUGCUUUCUCCGUGGUGAGACGGUGCAUGAAGAUUUCCACAGGGCAGGAAUACGCCGCCAAAAUAAUCAAUACCAAGAAGCUGUCUGCCCGGGAUCAUCAGAAGCUGGAGCGAGAGGCCAGGAUAUGCCGUCUGCUCAAGCAUCCCAACAUAGUGCGGCUCCAUGACAGCAUAUCAGAGGAAGGAUUCCACUAUCUGGUCUUUGACUUAGUUACCGGCGGGGAGUUGUUUGAGGACAUCGUUGCCAGGGAGUACUACAGCGAAGCUGAUGCCAGUCAUUGCAUUCAGCAGAUCCUAGAGGCUGUGCUCCACUGCCACCAGAUGGGCGUGGUCCACCGCGACCUCAAGCCGGAGAACUUGCUCCUAGCCAGCAAGUUGAAGGGGGCAGCGGUUAAACUGGCAGAUUUUGGUCUGGCCAUUGAAGUUCAGGGGGACCAGCAGGCGUGGUUUGGUUUUGCUGGGACACCAGGGUACCUGUCUCCAGAGGUGCUGAGGAAAGAUCCCUAUGGCAAGCCGGUGGACAUGUGGGCCUGUGGUGUGAUCCUCUACAUUCUCCUGGUGGGAUAUCCUCCAUUCUGGGAUGAGGACCAGCACAGACUGUACCAGCAGAUUAAAGCUGGGGCAUAUGAUUUCCCUUCUCCUGAGUGGGACACAGUGACUCCAGAGGCUAAAGACCUGAUCAACAAGAUGCUGACCAUCAAUCCAGCCAAGAGAGUGACCGCCACAGAUGCACUCAAACACCCCUGGAUCUGCCAACGCUCCACUGUGGCGUCUAUGAUGCACAGACAGGAGACUGUGGAGUGCCUGAAGAAAUUCAACGCCAGAAGGAAACUCAAGGGUGCUAUUCUGACUACUAUGCUGGCUACUCGCAACUUCUCAGCAGCCAAGAGCCUGCUGAACAAAAAGCCAGAUGGUGUCAAAGAGUCCAGUGAGAGCGCCAACACGACCAUCGAGGACGAGGACGUGAGAGCUCGGAAGCAGGAGAUCAUCAAAGUCACCGAGCAGCUGAUCGAGGCCAUCAACAACGGCGACUUUGAGGCCUACACGAAGAUCUGCGAUCCCGGCCUCACGUCUUUUGAGCCCGAGGCUCUGGGCAACUUGGUGGAGGGCACCGACUUCCACCGCUUCUACUUUGAGAACGCGCUGUCCAAGGCGAAGCAGCCCAUCCACACCAUCCUGCUCAACCCCCACGUCCACCUGAUCGGGGACGAGGCCGCCUGCAUCGCCUACAUCCGCCUCACCCAGUACAUCGACGGCAGCGGCAUGCCCCGCACCAUGCAGUCCGAGGAGACCCGCAUCUGGCACCGCCGCGACAGCAAGUGGCAGAACAUCCACUUCCACCGCUCCGGCUCGCCCACCGUGCCCACCAAUUAAGAGGAUGAUCUUGGACUACGAACACCCUCCAGCCUACAGCAGUCAGCUGAACAGACCCUGCCUACCAAGUGUCCAUCAGACCCCUCAGCCAAUCCCUGCCCACGAUAGCUAGAGCUCCGCCCUCUCAGUGUGUUGUUUACAUAUUGUCGCUGCUGGACCGAACAUUAUUGUACAUGUCGAGAAAACAAAAGAGGGAGAAAUCUUCCAGUCUUGACAGCAUCAUUCUUGAGAGUGCGUGGUGUUCAUUCCAGGACCAUCUGCAGCAUGUUUAUUAUUGAGGUUUUUUAGAUCCGUAUGUUUUAAAUAGAAGAGGUCGAUGGUUUUUAACGGGCUGGUGAAAUAUGUGAACCCUCCAGUCAUCGCGUAGUGACAGUUUUUUCAUUGUUAUCUUGCACAUAUUGAGGACUCAUGAGCUGUCGUGAUGUUUUUGCCUUUUGGGCACAAUGACCAAUAUAUCACAUAUCUGCUUUUUACUCAUGUAUCUUUUCAGAAUUGCCAUCUAUUAAAGCUCAGGCACAAGCUUGCUUUUGUUUUGGUGACGUAUAGGUUUUGGUAAUUAUUGUAAGUCGCUCUCUUAACUUAAUCUUUAGCAGUAUCCAUACAUGUAUGAACUGAGUUGGCUCGGUUUACAGAUCUGGUUCGCCGCCGGCCACCAUGUGUGUUUUCUAGGAACUGAAACUACAUGUUUAAAAGGGAAAUUCAAUGAGAACAUGUUUUACUUUGUCAGUUUGGACCAGCGAGAAGAGUCUCCUAUGAUAGAAUGUAAACUAUAGAGCUACAUAUAAUUCUUUAAGGCCAUUCUCUGUCCAGUCGGUUCAGAUUUUCGUACAGUAAGGAGCUAAUUAUGUGAAUUUUAUCAGUUCAUUUUGUCGUUUACUUUUUAUAUUGUGAUAUUGAUGCUCGUCCCUCCACUUCUCAUUAUUGUUGCUCUCCUUUAAGCCCUUUUAACCUUCACUGGGGAUCCCUUCCUUUAUUCUCUCUUGGACUGGUGUGCGCCAACGUUUUACAGCACCAUGUUUUACAGUGGAGUAAAGCAGAACCGCGAUGUUGACACUGACAGGCAUAUCAAACUCAGCGGCAACUCAUCGGUCCUGGAAUUAAGCUUCCCAUUCAUUUUUGCCAAGGGGAAUUGAAUUAUUAGCCAGAACUACUAAGCUUUCUAUCACCACUCUAGUUCUUCUUCUGUUGUUUUAGUGUCACUGUUGAAUUAAAGGGAAAGGGGAAUCGUUAAUAACUUGCAGGUUCGUAUUUUACAACACUUCAGAUUAGGAUGUUGUGAAUGUCACUGGAAAAAAGACGAAUAGAUUUAAUUCCAGAAUCAAAGCACAGGGAAAGGAAGCAGUCACGCUCAAACAUAACGUCACAGGGUGAUGCCACACCGAUGAGUACAUCUGUGUUAAGCAUAUUGAGAUUUUUUUUUUUUUUUUUGUUAAGAAAACUUUGCAUUCUUUGGUUUAAUCACAUUUGUCUCUCACACAUCACACUUUGUUUCUGUCUUUCUAAGAUGCGUUGAAAUUCCCGAGGGCACUCUGGUGUAUCAUUUUACCGUGAAGGGACAAGCCUGAUGUAUGUUUAAGAAAUAUCAAAUAAAACGUGUGAUUUA